AUGCAAAAUCUCAGGGGGCUCCUCUUCACCUUCGCGGCUCAAAUCAGCUGCGCUGCCGCGAAAGACUUUUACGGUCGCAUAGCCCAUGGGACGAUCGGCUUGGGCCAAGCACAAUAUGCGCCCGUCACUUGCGCGUACGCAUGCCGAAGCUCGAUGGGGUCAUGGAUGCUCGAUUGUGGAGACAGCGACGACAGCGAGCAUGGUGACCACGGCGGCCACAACGACAUGGACAUGUCCUCUGGACACAUGAUGUCCAUGAUGCCGACACCACACUGCUAUGCAACCAACGACCCAUUUCUGAUGUCUCUAGCCUGGUGUAUCAAGUCUCACUGCCCAGACCAUCUCACGAUUUCACAACUCGAAGAAUUUUGGGAGAUGAACGUUGCCGGGAGGAACGAUGAGCAGCCAUUGCCCAAAUACUCGUAUCAGGAUGCGCUCGCCCGUAUCACCACCACCCCGACAACCACUUAUAACUCUAGCUCGGUCCUCAACGGAACUCAGCUCGUCGACGAGUUUUUCUAUUCCAUGGUUUACGGGUCCCUCGAAGGCAUCGAGAUAAAUAUCGCCCUGGACAACCAAUACGCCAAAUUCUACGCUCAUGUCAUUGACCCUCCCGUUUUUGGUACCCGCCAUGCGGUUCCGGUCCUGUUCGGUCUGGGACUUGUCCCUACUCGAGGUCAAGCGCUGUUCAUCUUUUACAUUUGGGCUAUCAAUAUCAUCCUCUCAGCCGUCGCUUACAAGAUUACCUGGCCAAACCUCUGCUUCGCCAACCUGAUUCUGGCUCUUCUCUACUCGAGGCAAGUGUUGGGAACCCGAAGUCUCUUCUUGUUUGCGGCAACAACGUCUAAUAUCCAGACCAGCCGCAACAACCUUCUUCUACAUGUCACGAGCUGGUCCCGCUCUACUUUUAUCCUCGUUCACCGGUGGAUUGCCGUCAUCUGCAUUCUCCAGGCCUGCCUCCACUCGGCGCUAUACUUGCAGAUGUACGAUACCAUGGGCCCGGGCAUGCUCACUAUGGAGUCUGCAUAUCCCUAUUGGUAUUGGGGCAUCAUCGGCACCCUCGCGAUGGUGCUGAUCCUCCCAGGCUCCGUCCUCCCUGUCCGACAACGAGCGUACGAGUUCUUCCUCGACUGGCACCUAGUCUGGGCGCUCCUCGCCAUCAUCGGCUGCUUUCUGCACGUAUACUUCCGAUACCACUGGCAAUGGGGUUACGAGAUCUGGGUCGCCGUGGCCUUUGCCGUCUGGGCAUUUGACUGGCUCCUGGCCCGGCCGCUCAGGAUAGCCCGCGCGGGCUUCAACAACCGAGCGUACAUCACCAUCAUCGACGACGACUACCUCAGGAUCGACGUCCCCGGCGUCGAGGCCACAGGACAGACAUACCUAUAUUCGGGAACUGAGGGGGGGGGGUGUGGAGGUGGUGCUUGCCGUGGGGGAGAGGUUGGAUGUGAGGAGGUUGUUGGAGGGAGAGUUGGUUGGGGAGGAGAAGGGGGUAGAGGGGGGGACGACGGUGGUGGUGUGCGGGCCGGUGGGGAUGGCGGAUGA